GCGUCCCCCUCUCCUCGUCACCACACACCCGCUCUCCUCGCCGGAUAGCAGGCAUCGCCCUGGGCCAGUCCCGCUGCCAUUGGUAUCUUUGCCGGGAAACACCCUUAUUGCUCGUUCCCAGUUGCCUCGACUCAUCCUUACCGCCUCUCACCUCGUCCGGCGACCGCCCUCGGUCCCAGCGCGCACGAUACAGCUCGGGAGACGCGGCUCGGCCAUCCUGGCCUCUUGUUCUAUAUUCUGCUUCUAGAGCGAAAGCACUGUCGCGGAAUCGAUGUCGCCGCGUCGGUCGUCGCGGGCUCGCACCACCCAGCCCCCACCCGGCGUGCAAGCAGCACACAGCAGCUCCUCGUCCUCCGCAUCGUCGUCUCGCGGCGAAAGAGCGACGAGAGCUAAUCAUAAGCAGUCGUCGCCGCAGAAAUCCUCGACCCCGCACUCCCUCUCCUCCGAAGAGAUUGACGAGCCACCUCGUGGCUCGCAGCUAGAGCCGCCCCAGACCCGACGCCGAGCGCGCGAGCAGGACAAUGACGAAGAUGAGUCUGCGAAGCUUGACGAUGAGCUCGAAGACGAUAUAGCCGAGGAGGAUGAGGUCACACGAUGCGUGUGUGGCCAGCUGGAAUACCCAGGUCCACCAUCGGACGCCGGCAAGUCCAAAGAUGGCCAUUCGUCUUCAUUGACAUAUUAUACCGUUCCGAGUGAUGACGCAGGCGGCCUGUUCAUCCAAUGCGACAUCUGCAAGGUCUGGCAGCAUGGCGGAUGCGUCGGCAUCAUGGACGAAGCUGCCAGCCCCGAAGAGUACUUCUGCGAGGAGUGCCGGAAAGACCUGCACAAGGUCAUGACAAGUCCCAAAGGGCAAAAAUACUCCCGUUACCUUCCCGUCUACGAGCAGAACCUCGGAAAGAACGCCCGCAAAUCGUCCGUGUCGAAAGAAACGGAAAGUAAGACAGUGAGAGACAAGGAGCGCAAUGCGAGGGCAAGCGUCGAGUCGCUCAGCAAGCGCCGGUCAACAAUGAAUAGCCGGGCCGCCUACGAUGAGGAUGAGGUGCUGCGGAAAGUGCUGGAAGAGAGUAAGCACGAGGGUGCGGCGCCUCCAUCAGAGAACGGUAACCGCAAGAAGCGUAGUCGUGACGACAGCGAAGAGGCCAACCCGGAAGUCAAGCGGCAGCGCACCAGCUCCAGCUCCCCCAGCAAUUCCCCAGCCGUUGAGUCUGAAGACGACAACAGCAAGGCUUCUGCGCCAAAACAGAAGCCUCGUGGCGCUGCGGCGAGGAGUCAGCGCGAGAAAGAGCUUCGCGACAAGGAGCGCGAGAGAGAACGCGCGGAAGCUGCGAACAGACGCAAAGGCCGUGCGGAGCGAAGGAAAGGUGACGAGUCCGAACCACCAGAAGCUACUCCGGCCGAAGAUCCAUCCAUGGCGGCUUCAGCGUCGGAAUCUGUACCGCCGGAAAAUUCCUCCGCUGACCCCAAGCCCGCGCCUGCUCCCAAGAAGGGAGGUAGACCGCCGCAGAAGCGCCACAGCCGACUUGGUCGAAACCAGUACUCGAAAGACGCGCCCACGCCCGCAACGAAUGGAGCAUCUCCGGCCGCAAACGAUGAUGGGCCAAAUUCGCCCCAUAUCAGCUCAGCGAAUGGCGCUGGCAAUGGACACGACAGCAGUGACGGGACCACCGGAAACAAACAAGCCAAAACAAAAAAUUGGCGGUUACAGAAACUGUCGUGGCAUGACAUCCGUCGACCGGCGGGCGCCAUGCAGAAUUACAUCGCCCAACGCCAGGUCGAGAUGGCAGGAGAACGGAGUGCACUGGCGGCCGCUAUCCAAGAGCCUGCGCCGACAACGAACGGGGACCUGAAUCCGAGCGAGCCGAAGGCAGAUGAGGACGAAAUUGUCGUCUUCAAGGGGCUCAGCACAUUGCAGAUGAUGGACCACCUAAGCCGAGAUCUUGUCCACUGGCAACGACUGAUUACGGAACAGAAUGAGAAAUAGCUGCAGCGCGCUUUUCUUUCGACCCCGUUCACUUCCGCUUCAUCUAUCCUUCACUAUACAUAUUACCUUGUCGCGAGGGCAUGUGCGAUGAGGAUUUUUCUGCAUCGCGGUCUUUUUUUGGCUCAGUACUGGGUCUGCGGCGUGGGAAUUGCAGCAUGAGCUCGAUCAUC